UGAACGGUCCAGUGCUGACGAAUAAACAGCAAUGAAUGGACUGAUGAUUCAAUGACUUAAACCAGGAGGAUAAUGUCGAUUUUAUUAACUAUAAUUCUGUCUCAGUCUUGCCUCUUGGAACAGGAAAAUAUUUGUGCCUCCAGUUUGCAAGUAAGCCACCAUGUCUUUACCAGAGAUGGAUCAGUAUCUUUUAGACGUCCAGGUUUACUUCACAGCCAAGGAAUGGACACAGUUCAGCAGUUAUGAAAGAAUUUGUAUCAAGAACGUCAAAGAAAACUAUGAGAUGAUGAACAAAGUUGGAUUACAGGUCAAUCCACCUAUGUUCAUGCAACGUCAGCAAGAAAUGAAAAUUGAGAUCAAAGAGGAAAAUGAUAGUGAGGAUGAGGACAUGAUGUUAGGACUACAGGUCAAUCCACCCAAGUUCAUGCAACGUCAGCAAGAAAUAAAAAUAGAGAUCAAAGAGGAAAAUGACAGUGAGGAUGAGGAAAUGAUGUUAGAACCUUUCCAUGUACCUGUCGAAGAUGAAAAGCCAGAUCAUAUAAAAGAGAUCAAGUUACAUGAAGAGAGUCCAAAUCAUGUCACUAUUAAAGUGGAGAUUGAGUAUGAUGAUAAGAAUCUGCUAAAUGCUCAUGAAAUCAAAGCAGAGCGAAUCAUUGCACUCCUUGCAAUGGAGGACUAUAAUGCUGUCCAGACAAAAAUUAAUCCAACAUCAUCAGGUGAUCUCAACACUCAGUCAUGUGAUCAGAAUGCGGAACAAACCUUGACAGAAGUAGCUUUAGGGGGAGACCAGACUCCCAAGCAAUCAGGCGAUCUCAGCACUCAGUCAGGGCAUCUGAACGCAGAACAAACCUUGACAAAAGUAGCUUCAGGGGGAGACCAGAUUCCCAAGCAAUCAGGUGAUAUUAACACUCAGUCAUGUGAUCUGAAGACUGAAAAAACCUUGACAGAAGUAGCUCCAGGGGGCAACCAGAAUCCCAAGCAAUCCCAACCAUCUUGUUCAAAAGUGGAGGGAGGAGAAGAUUGGCAGGAUAGAAAGGGCUCAGAUUCUGGAAUCUACCGAUGUGAGUACUGUGGAUCAUUCUACGUUAUUCCUCUCAUCUUAGCAAGGCAUCUCAAGCAUAAACAUGGAUUACAUGGUAUCUACAUGCGGUCGCAGGAAGGCAUUCUACAGUUUGUUGAUGGAGAAAUACAAAGAUCUCCCUGCAAAUCUAAUGACUUUGAACUUGGUGAAAUGGGGAUUUUAAAAGAAGGAAGUGAAGUAAAUGUGAUACUUGAGUGUAAGUCCAGUACUGAUUCAUAUUUUGCAUCAUGCCAUGAAGUAGUAAGUGAUGAGAAGCCGUCUGUAUGUGAUCAAUGUGGUAUGGCCUUUAGUCGAUCUGAUUUUCUGAUAUUACAUAAACGAAUCCAUACAGGUGAGAAACCAUAUGUAUGUGAUCAAUGUGGCAAGGCAUUUAAGAGAAAACAGUGUCUCACAAGACAUAGACUAAUUCAUACUGGUGAAAGGCCCUAUGUAUGUGAUCAAUGUGGUAAGGCAUUUAAUAAAAAACAGAUUCUCAGAAGACAUAAACAAAUCCAUACAUGUGAGAAACCAUAUGUAUGUGAUCAAUGUGGUAAGGCAUUCAAUAGAAAACAGAGUCUCACGAGACACAAACUAUUCCAUACUGGUGAAAGGCCUUAUGUAUGCGAUCAAUGCGGUAAGGGAUUUAUUAAAUCUAAUGGUCUCACAAGACAUAAACUAAUCCAUACAGGUGAGAAACCAUAUGUAUGUGAUCAAUGUUGUAAGGCAUUUAAUAAAAAAGAGAGUCUCAUAAGACAUAAACGAAUCCAUACAGGUGAAAGGCCCUAUGUAUGCGAUCAGUGUGGUGAGGGAUUUAUUCAAUCUAAUGGUCUCAUAAGACAUAAACGAAUCCAUACAGGUGAGAAACCGUAUGUAUGUGAUCAAUGUGGUAAGUUAUUUAAUAAAAAACAGAGUCUCAUAAGACAUAAACAAAUGCAUACAGGUGAGAAACCAUAUGUAUGUGAUCAAUGUGGUAAGGCAUUCAAUAGAAAACAGAGUCUCACAAGACAUAAACAAAUCCAUACUGGUGAAAGGCCCUAUGUAUGCAAUCAAUGUGGUAAGGGAUUUAGUCAAUCUAAUAGUCUCACAAGACAUAAACUAAUCCAUACAGGUGAUAAACCAUAUGUAUGUGAUCAAUGUGGUAAGGCAUUUAAUAAAAAACGGAGUCUCGUAAGACAUAAACUUAUCCAUACAGGUGACAAGCCCUAUGUAUGUGAUCAAUGUGGAAGGGCAUUUUCCAGAUCUUAUGAUCUUACAGCACACAUGAUAAUCCAUACAGGUGGGAAUCCUUAUGUAUGUGAUCAAUGUGGUAAGGGAUUUAACAAAAAACAGAGUCUCAUAAGACAUAAACGAAUCCAUACAGUUGGGAAACCUUAUGUAUGUGAUCAAUGUGGUAAGGCAUUCAAUAGAAAACAGAAUCUCAUAAGACAUAAACGAAUCCAUACAGGUGAAAGGCCCUAUGUAUGCGAUCAAUGUGGUAAGGGAUUUAGUCAAUCUAAUAGUCUCACAAGACAUAAACUAAUCCAUACAGGUGAUAAACCAUAUGUAUGUGAUCAAUGUGGUAAGGCAUUUAAUAAAAAACGGAGUCUCGUAAGACAUAAACUUAUCCAUGCAGGUGACAAGCCCUAUGUAUGUGAUCAAUGUGGAAGGGCAUUUUCCAGAUCUUAUGAUCUUACAGCACACAUGAUAAUCCAUACAGGUGGGAAUCCUUAUGUAUGUGAUCAGUGUGGUAAGGGAUUUAACAAAAAACAGAGUCUCAUAAGACAUAAACGAAUCCAUACAGUUGGGAAACCUUAUGUAUGUGAUCAAUGUGGUAAGGCAUUCAAUAGAAAACACAAUUUCAUAAGACAUAAACAAAUCCAUACAGGUGGGAAUCCUUAUGUAUGCGGCCAAUGCGGUAAGGGAUUUAGUCAAUCUUAUGGCCUCACAAGACAUAAACAAAUUCAUACAGGUGAUAAGCCCUAUGUAUGUGAUCAAUGUGGAAGGACAUUUUUCAGUUCUUAUGGUCUCACAAGACAUAAACUAAUCCAUACAGUUGGGAAUCCUUAUGUAUGUGAUCAAUGUGGAAAGGCAUAUGCUCAACAAUCUAAUCUCACAGCACAUAAACGAAUCCAUACAGGUGAGAAACCUUAUGUACAUGUAGGCAAUCAAUGCGGUAAGGGAUUUAAUCAAUCUAAUGGUCUCAAAAGAAAUAAACUAAUCCAUACAGAUGAGAAACCAUAUGUAUGUGAUUAAUGUAGUACAAUAUUUAGUAAAAAACAGAGUCUCGCAAGACAUAAACAAAUCCAUACCGGUGAAAUGCCCUAUGUAUGUGAUGAAUGAGGUAAGGGAUUUAAGAAAAAACAGAGUCUCAUAUGACAUAAAGAA